ACACCACGGCAUGAGAUUUUGGCCAAGGAGCUCUUGCUCUCCUACUUAGCCAGCGUCAAGUUUCGGUCUCUCUCAUUCUGUGGUUCUCGGCCAUUGACCAUUGCCCAUUGGUUCUUCUAUUAUUUCUCCGGAAUGUGGUCGCAGCAAGUGUUGCCAACACGAACUCCAUCACUGUUUUCUCUCUACAAUCCCCAAAAUGCCCCCAUUUAUCAGCAAGUUCUUAAGGUUCAAAAGGAGGGAAGAGUGAGGGCAGUUUUGACAGAAGAAAUUUGGCCGAAUGCGGUGCGGCGGAAGAAGGAACCGGAUUGGAGAGGAGGGUUCAGUUUAGGGGUAGACCUUGGAAUGGCUCGCACCGGCGUUGCUCUCAGCAAAGGUUUCUCCGUUCGUCCUCUCACAGUUUUGAAAUUGAGGGGAGAUAAGCUUGAGCUGCAGCUUCUUGAGAUUGCGCAAAAGCAGGAAGUUGAUGAAUUCAUAAUCGGGCUUCCAAAAUCCGGAGAUGGCAAGGAGACGCCGCAAUCGAACAAAGUUCGGAGUGUUGCAGGGAGGCUAGCUGUUCGAGCUGCUUACAGGGGAUGGAGAGUGUACCUGCUGGAUGAGCACGGGACUACACAAGAAGCUGUUGACAGAAUGAUUAACAUGGGUCUCACCGAGUCUGCUCGCCAAAACAAUAGCGAUGCCUAUGCUGCCAUGAUGGUGUUAGAGAGAUAUUUUUCUAUGUCAGGCGAGGGAACUGAACUUGUACUCCCAAAGAAUGUGGAUCUACAAGAAAGAUUGCGAAGAGGUCCACCUAAGGACAUCGAUUAUUUCCCCGAAGAAUACUAGAAUUGACACUUUUCUUCUUGUGAAAAUUAUUUGGAAAACUUCAGUUUUAGAAUAUAUACAGGCCUUCAUUGUUUUCAUUAUUUCAAUGUUAUACAACUGCACAAAAUCGUUCACUUAUGGCAAGUGUGUAAUGACUGAGUAUAUUGUAAUAUCAAAGCACUACUCAUCGGCUACAUGGAAACAAAAACAGUCAA